CGCACAUCUCACAACAACAUGGGCGACAAGGCUCAGUACCAGCCCGGCGCACCACCAGGCUAUGGCCAGCAGCCGUACGGCCAGCCGGGAUACCAGCAGCAGCCGUACUACCAGCCACCUCCCGGCCAGUACUACCAGCAGGGACCGCCAGGACAGCCCUACUACCAGCAAGGCCCACCGCCGGGACAGCAGCCAUACUACCCUCCUCAGCAGCAGCAGCAGCAGCCGUACUACCCGCCGCAGCCAGCACCAGUGGCCGCGCCUCAGCCCGCGCCGCAGCAGGAGCAGCAGCACAACAAUAACAACGACAACCACAACAGCGGCGGCAAGAGCAAGCUGGGAGGUAUCGGUUCAAAGCUCGGAGACGCCAUGGUCAACGGCUUUGGCUGGGGUAUCGGCAUGAACCUUGCCAACAGGCUGGUUGGCGUCAUUUGCGGCAGCUGUGGGCGAUGAGUACUGCGCGCACGACGGGUGGGAAGCGGCGCAUGAGGCGCAGGAAUGGCAAGGGGAUAGCGGCCGGUGGAGGCGGGCGGCGGCAGCGGCGUUCUUGGCAUGCUGCGUCGGCGCCCGGCCUCCCGUACGGAUACACGCGAGACGAGACGAAUACGACAAUCAUGGAUCGGCGACGCACGCAUAUGC